AUGGCUUAUGAAGCUGUGGAUUCCCUGCAACAAACCUUACUCCUAAUCCUUCAACGCCACGAUGAUCAUGUCAUCACUCCUACUGUUAAGCAACAGAUUGUAUCUAUCCACGACAAAGCUGUUGUGUUGCAGUUUAAUCUCAAACGAUUUCCAGAAAAAGAAACAAUAAGGGAGGUAGCAAAUGCAACUGAAGAGAUUAUUGAAUAUCUUUUCUCCCCACAAAAUCUAUCAGAUAAUGGAUCCAUAGACCCAACUGUCAAACUUUCAUAUCAGUUGGGGAAAUUGGCUGAGAAGCUUGAGUCAACUGUUGGAUAUGUCAUUGACCACUGCAAGAUGAAGGAUGAGCAAAUUGCUAGAGCAUUAGUAGAUGAAAAUCCGAGUGAUUCACCAUCAAUACAUCCAACCACAAUUGCUACAGACAGAGAUUUUCUGGUUGGUUUUGAUGAAGAUAUAAUACAGCUGAGGUCCCGGCUCAUUGGUCAUGAUGGACGAAAAGUCCUCCCAAUUGUUGGAAUGGCAGGAAUUGGUAAGUCCACACUUGCUAAAUAUAUUUAUGAUGAUCCAUUUAUCACAUUCCAUUUUGAUAUUCAAGCUUGGGUCACAAUAUCACAAGAUUAUAGUACAGCAAGUAUUCUCUCACAAUUACGAGCUUCGGUCAAAGCUAAAGCAGAUGGAGUUGGAAGGGAAUUGUUGAAAGAAAUCGAAGCAGAGGACGUUGAGAUUUUGCAAAUCCUAUGGGGGAGGAGGUAUCUCAUAGUAAUAGAUGACAUGUGGUGUGUGGAAGCUUGGGAUCACAUACGGUGGUUAUUUCCUGAGACUACCAGCGGAAGUAAUAUCAUAAUAACCACAAGGCUAAUCGAUGUGGCUACUUAUGCUGCCACUUCGCGCUACAUUCAUAUGAUGCAUUGCUUGGAUGAGGAACAAAGUUGGCGUUUGUUCCAGCACAAGCUUUUCGGAGAUCAGGAUUGCCCUCUUGAGUUACAAACUGUUGGGAAAAAAGUUGUAAAAGGAUGUGGAGGACUGCCCCUCUCAAUUGUUAUUGUGGCAGGAAUUUUGUCUGGGAUUCCUAGAACUCCAAACUUGUGGCAGCAAAUUGAGGGAAAUGAUGGGAAGUUGGGAACAAUAUUAUCUUUGAGUUACAACCACUUGCCUCCACAUUUGAAGGAGUGUUUCUUGUAUAUGGCUGGCUUCCCUAAAGAUUAUGAGAUUCAUGCCUCUGAACUCGUCAAACUUUGGGUAGCUGAGGGUUUUUUGGAAUGUCAAAAAUUCAAAUGCGUAGAAGAGGUGGCAGAAGAGUGCUUGGAGGAUCUGAUUAAGCAAAGUCUAGUUUUGGUCACCAGCCGAAAAAGCGACGGCAAACCUAAAAGUUGUAGGCUGCAUUGUAUGGUGCGGGACUUUUGUGUGAGACAUGCCGGGCAAGAGAAUAUCCUUCUUUCUGUUAUGGACUAUUUCCCUACUCAUAUCUUGAGAAGACAUUUUCUUCCACAAGUCCUCCAAAAUCAUCACUGCAUAAGCGUUAGUUGGCAUGAUCUACAACUUAGAGACUCUACGCAUAGCUCAUGCACCACUUCUAUUAUAUGCAUCCCACACAGAGGGUAUAGGCCCAAAGGCUCUGUAGAAAACUUUACCUCACUCAGGGUUCUUCACGUUUUACGCAGAAAUGAUCAUUCAUAUUGGGAGCUAGGUCAAGUGUUUGAAUUGAUUAAUCUCACUUACCUUGCUUCCUCCAUUUCUGAUAGUAUUGUUCCUCCAGCUAUAUCAAAGCUUAAGAAUCUUCAAACUUUAAUUAUUUAUAGAUUUGGGGUUCAGCUGCCUGUGGAUAUUUGGAGGUUGAGGCAAUUGAGACAUCUUAUUGCCUUCUCAUUUCAUCCUUUACCCCUUCCCAAAGGAGCAACUCCUUCUCUAGAAAACUUACAGACAUUGUCUAUGGCAACAAACUUUGUAUGUAGUGAAAGGAUGAUGGAUAUGAUCUCAAACAUAAAAAAGUUGGGAAUAUGCUACUCUGAAGAGAAGUUUGGUGCAGGUUACCAUAUUGACAACCUUAUACAUUUGCUUAAACUUGAGAAGCUAAAAUUGGAGAUGCAUAGUUCGUUUGUGCCACGUCUGAAACCAGUUUUUCCUCCGUCGUUGAAGAAGUUGGAAUUGAGUGGCGAGUGGAUUUCAUGGAGAGAUAUGACGAUUGUUGGUUCAUUGCCCAAUCUUCAAGUGUUGAAAUUAAAAAACUAUGCUUGCUCUGGGGAACACUGGGAAACCAUUGAGGGGGAAUUUCUGGUGGACAACUGA